AUGUCCAAUAGCCUGAAGAAGAAAAAUCACUGGACCAACAAAGUCCACGAAGCGGUUGUCAUCAGGAGCAAAGAAGGGGAAUUUGGCUUCGAGCUGAAGGGGGGCGCGGAGAUUGGGCAGUUCCCCUACUUCGGGGAGGUGAAACAAGGCAAAGCGGCUGUCCAGAGCGGAAAGCUGGCUCAGAGUGAGUUGCUGCUGGAGGUCAACAGCACAGCGGUGGCUGGGCUCACCACCCGAGAUGUUCUGGCCGUCAUCAAACACUGCAAAGACCCGGUCCACUUCAAGUGUGUCAAACAAGGAGGCGUGGUGGAUAAGGACCUUCGACACUACCUCAACCUGCGCUUCUCCAAGAGCUCCGUGGACCACGACCACCAGCAGAUUAUUAGAGACAACCUCUACCUCCGCACCGUGCCCUGUACCACCCGGCAGCCAAAGGAGGGAGAGGUGCCGGGGGUGGACUAUAACUUUGUGAGCACAGAGCGCUUUAUGGAACUCGAGCAAAGUGGAGCCCUGCUAGAGAGUGGAACUUAUGAAGAGAACUUAUACGGUACUCCCAAGCCCCCAGCUGAGCCCAGUCCGGCGGCCCCUCCACUGAAUGUGAGUGAGGUGCUGCUUCCCAGAGCCCGGCCCAGCAUCCAGGGCAAGAGGAAGAGGAACCAGUCGGUCAGAAAAAUGCAGCAGCAAGCCAGCCUGGAGCCGCCCGAGGAAGAGGAGAAAAGCAGCCCCCCGGUGGUCAAUGGGAACGGGGUGGCCAUCACACCAGAGACAAGCGAGCAUGAGGACAAGAGCACAGAUGGGUCGGGGGGAGGUUUCUGUGGUGGAGGCCCCGACACUGCCCCCUCCCGCCACUGAGCCCUCCACAGAGGGAGAGGAGCCCCCUGAGGAGGACUCCCCCAAAUCA